AUGCUAUGUCUGACCUUCAAAGCGUCUGGUGGAGCAACCACAUUGUCGACAGUUGUAGGAGUUGCCACGAGCACUACGCCACCCACCACUGGAGCAACAGGCACGAUCUCCAAAGCCAGCGGGACGAAAUUUACCAUUGAUGGGGUCACGAAAUUAUAUUUUGCUGGUACCAAUGCUUACUGGAUCGGCUUUCUUACCAACAACGCGGAUGUAGAUACCGUCAUGAGCCAUCUGCAAUCGUCCGGACUAAAGACCCUUCGCGUCUGGGGCUUCAACGACGUUAAUUCCGUUCCUGGUUCCGGAACGGUGUACUACCAGUCAUUCUCCGGCUCGUCUGCGACGAUCCAUAGCGGUGCAAAUGGCCUUCAGCUUCUUGACUACGUGGUUCAAAGUGCCGCUGCCCACAGCAUCAAACUUAUCGUCAAUUUCGUCAAUAAUUGGAUCGACUACGGCGGAAUGGCAGCGUACAUGAAAGCAUGCGGUGGCUCCACCAACAAAGACUGGUAUCAGAGUUCUUCGUGCCAGACCCUAUCUAUCUUGAGAAAUUGGAUCAAAAAAACCAGCGCUUAUAUCAAGAGCUUAAACCCCACUCACAUGGUAACUGUUGGUGAUGAGGGUUUUGGUGUAUCCGGAGGUGAUGGAAGCUAUCCUUACACUUCUGGCGAGGGCUGGAACUGGGAUACUAAUCUUGCGAUCUCCACUAUUGAUUUCGGGACAUUUCAUCUCUACCCAUCAAGUUAUCUCAGGGGGACUUCUAACGAUUUUGGUAAUGGCUGGAUUCAGGCGCACGCUGCGGCAUGCGUCAAAGCCAACAAACCGUGUCAUUUCGAAGAAUAUGGUGUCUCUUCUGACCAUUGUAGCGUCGAAGGUGCUUGGGAAAAGACUUCCGUAUCUACCGCUGGCAUGGCAGCAGAUCUUUUCUGGGAUGACGGUGAUCAGCUUACCUCUAGCAAGACUUCCGACGAUAGGAAUACCAUUUUCUACGGCACCAGCGAUUGGACUUGCUUGGUUACGAAUCAUGUAAGUGCUAUCGGAUGA